AGAUCGUUCGCCAACGAUGAAGGAGCCAAUGUUUGAACAGCAGUCACCCGAAAAUGAGGUGAGCGUUGCUCGAGCCAUAUUCAGUAACGUGAGCGAGUUCGACGAAGAGCUGCCAUUCGAAAAAGGCGACGUACUGCGCGUGUUGAGCGAGCGACCUGAAAUCGAGGGUAUAUCAGACGGUUGGUGGUUGUGUGUUGAUCGAAACGGUAGAAAAGGCCUAGCACCGGCUAAUCGUCUACAAGUCAUGCAUCGAUUCGAUAAAGGCUUCUUCCAAGUGGCAAAUCCGCUGUUCGACGAUUUCUACAUGUUCAAUCCACAGUCGAGCUCUCCAUUCGACGAUCCCUUCUUCCGAGAGCGGACACGAAUAUUUCGAAAUGACAUCUUUGAUCGGAUUGCUCCUCCACUUAGACGAAUGAAUAGCUGUGAUGAUGCAUUGAGAGGAGUAGGAAUUGUACGAAAUAUACCAAUUCGGGUAGUGGGAGGAGGAGGAGUGGAGGGCCAGGGCUCCGAUGCGAAAAACACAAACACCUCGAAUCGCAUUGCCAUUCCCAUUCAAGUUGGCGGUAUGGGUAACAGAUUCCAACGACGAUUCAGUGAAAGCAGUGACGGAUCCACACCGAGAGAAUUGAGGAGAGCGAUGAGCAGCGGCCGCAUUUCACCGACGGAUGCGACUCCGUUUGCACGGAGUUCCGGAGCGGAUGAGGACGCGGAGCAGCGGAGUAUGCGUAGCGAUGUGGCCCCACAUCGAACGCUGAUCAUUCCCAGCACGAUCCCGGGCAAGACGAUCGAAAUUCCGCUGGGAACGAUGAGCAUGAAUUCAUCAAGGCAAGAACUGGUGGCCCCACCGGCAAGGAAUGAACGAGAUCGUAGUCCGAAGCCGGAAUCGCAAAUGGAGAAACUCACGCAACGGCUGAAAAACUUGACUAAGCCGUUCCGCAAUCCGAGUCAUUCGACCGAGGUUCUUGAUCGUGACCGACUGCGCAGUUCCAGUCCUGAUAGCAGUGGAAUUUCGGCUGAUAUCACCGACUCGAAUUCGGGAGAAGAUGCCAAGAGAGCGAGUGAUCUUUCCUCCCUGUCUAGCGUUGAUCCCAACAGCUCUAUCUCCGAUUCUAGCGAGGAGCCCAAAUUGCAACCACCAGCCAUUGUUCGUCAUCCCAGACAGCCUUAUCUCACCAGACUUACAAGAGAGAAUCCAGUCAGUACAAGCGUACUACAAACAAUGUUCGACAACAUUGAAAGACCGGAACUGAAACGAUUCGCUGAGGAUAAUAAGGGAAAGGAGUGGUUGAUACCAACAACUGUUGAAGAAGAUAUGCGAAGAAAUAACUCUGCUGAUUGGAAUAUCGUACCCACUACUGUAACCCCGCCGAAAGUGAACCAGGGUGAAAUGAUCGACGAAACUAUACAAGCAAGGAAACGCAUUGUCUGCUCGAAGAUGUCCGAAAGUUUGAAAGUCAUCGAAAAUUCUUGCGCACAAAUCAACAAGAUCACGGCGCCACAACAUUGGAGAGCACCACAUCUUCUACAAGCAAGUCUUAAUAGUUUGCGUGAUGCAGUUAUCACAGCCCACGAAGCUGUGGAUAUGUUUGUGGAUGGAACUCAUCGAAUUUCUAUCGAUAGAAAAAAUCCUAAGGCUGAUGAGUUUGACGAGCUUCUAAAGCCCUUGCUCGAUUUGAAAAAUCACAUGGCAACGCUGCGCAAAAGUCUUGACAGUGCUGGCUGGACGGUUGCCGUUCUGUCCAGAGAUAACGAAAGUCCCCAUUCUUUGGAUGCACUGGAACAAAUUAUUGCUGCUUUGAAUAAGGCGCCAUCCGAUUGUCGACGUCUUCUGCAAUGGACACAAAUUCUUAUUCCUUCACCGACGGUUGUAUUCCUUAGCCCAAUGGUUAAUAUUAAGCCAGAGCUUCCAAGGCCUAUGAAUACAGCACGGAUGCCAGAUAAAUCCUUGAACUUGCUAGGAUCCCCUCCAUUUUUGGACGAAACCAAGCGCUUGUCAUCAUCGUCGACGUCUACCGUAACCUCAUCGGAUUCAUCCCAGCCAUCUUCCAUCUUGGUCACCAAACACAACGGUGACAAGCCCAAAGGACGAGUUACCUUCGCUGAUGAGCCCCGCGAUCGUCCAUCCGCUGCCUCCUCGGAUUCGAGUCAGGACUAUUCUAAACAGUCACAGAGCAACGGAACGUCUAAGUAUACGCCACAUCGUCUACAGGAAACUAGGAUAAUUGAAGAAGAUGAUUUGGAGUCUGUUGUUAGUGAAGGAGAGAGCUUGUAUCAGGACUACGCUUAUUUGGACGAUGUUGUCCCAGGAAGAUCGAAUGGUACAGUAGGAAAUGGAUAUAAUAAUAGUAAUAUAAGCGAUGAGGACCGUCAACUCGUCCGCUUUUACGCUCCACAGCUGGAUCAACACACAGAAUCGCUUUCCCUAGCCGUUGAAGAAUUUUUAGGAACAGUCGAAAAUAGCCUUCCUCCACGAGAAUUUGUGCAGAAAGGGAAGUUGAUUAUUUUGGCCGCUCAUAAAUUGAUCUACAUCGGAGAUACAGUAUCCCAGUGUGUUUCCGAUCAAGCGGCAAGCAAUAGCCUUCGGCAAUGCGCUGAUCGUCUUUGUGAACAACUCAAGGAAUGUGUAAAGGCUACGAAACUGGCAUCGGAAGAGUAUCCGGAAUUGAAGAGCAUGCAAGGAAUGGUGGACAGUAUCAUAGCUGUUUCGAAGACCGCACACGAGAUGAAAUUACUAGUAAAACGAUGGUGCUAGUCGCUACGAGAGUCCGUAUCAAGUCGAAACCGCUGAAGAAGCACACGUCGUGCCAUUUGUGCUGUAAAUGAGAGCUAUGCGCGUCGUAGAUUUUUAGUGACCGAUUGCGAUUAUGUUUUGAUGACCCCCGUCUAGUUUGCUUGUCUACGUUCGUCCCUUCUCCCCAAUUUGGCCGUAGGAGAAGACGAAUCUGUGGACGGACACGAACAACUCUAGUCCAUACGCUACGCUUUAUGAUACUCAUCCCUUACCCGUAUUUUGUUCGGAUUCAUUUUUGAUUUAUUUGGUCGCGCGCGUUUGCUGUUUAGAAUUUACAUAUCGUUAAGCUAAAGGUCUUCUUCGUUUCCCCUUCUCUGUGUGAAUAAUGCGCAUUUUGCAACUUGGGCGCGAUUUUCCAUAUUCCAUCCCCGCCUAAAUCCCGAGUGUCCAGAUUUGUUGCCUUCGGAACUUGCUCACCCCUGACGUGUGCGUGUGUGUGAUUGAUGUAGAUUGAUUGUAAAUAAGAAUAAAUAUGUGUCAGUUUCUAAGAUAAAUAUUUUCAGGUUGAUUUGUUG